AUGACACCGCCAACGGAAAUCAGGUGUCGCUGUGUUGAUUGUCUGGAAUCUACGACAGAUCAGGAGCGUCCCGGGCGCGUAUGGAAACGCAAGUCCCAAACUUUCAAAGCUCAUCAGGCUCUAGUCAAGGCAAACCGCUCUGUUCUGACUGGUCCCAAAAAGAGCAAUGCAUCGCCUUCGUUAUAUCAGUCAAAGAAUGUAAAGACUAGCUUAAUAGUUGAUAGCGCAAACAUCUUCGGAAACUCGCUUGAUCAGCAAGCCUCGAAUCACGAUCCCGGCACACACAAAGAGAAUCUACAGCCGUCUUUGACCCACCUUGCACCAGUCGAAAAGACCAUGUCACAUCUCGAUAUAUCGCACUUGAAAAAAACGGCCAAUCCACCGCGUCGACAAGAAACCGGUAGCCAUUUUCAGCAAAAAUGGGAUGGAAUGACUGUAGAGUCAGGUCAAUACGGUAGGCAUUACUAUGAUCAGUUUAAGAAAUUCGACUCAAAGACCUCGGCAAUGAACCUUGUCAUGGUAUGUCUGUACCUGUUUGAACACAUUGGGAUGGCGGUCGCUACACUUUGUCUUCACGUCAACAAUUCGGUACGGGGUACUGGCGAUCGUACCACUGGUAGUUCCCAAAAGGGUUGGUCACCAAUGGAUAUUCGGACUGUUCUCACAGAUCUAAGAAUUCAACCAAAGAUCCAGCGAACUCUGUGCUGUCCAAAGUGCUUUCGACUUUACUACGAAGGUGAUACACCCGAUAUAUGCGAUUGGCGCGAAACUCGCUCGAGUCACAAUGCCUUGGGAUUGAUGUCAAAGAAGAAAUUGAAAUCUUCACCACAGACAGCCGGCAAAGCACAAGAGGACGAUUCUGAUCCAAUGGAGGAGGGACUUGAAGAUUUCGAUUCCGAUGAUGGAGAUUCUGACCCUGAAGAUCCUGAGCUUCAAGGAUCAGAAUACGUUGGUGAUCAGGUUGUGAAUCAAUCACCCUCUGCAUGUGGCGAUGCCACAUCUCCCCCAGAAGAUGAUCUAUCGCUUGCAUUUGGAAGCAUGGCACUGGAUUAUGACAACGGACUUGAUGCUGAGCAAGAAGAUCGCGACAAUCAAUCCGAACCAGAUGCUUUCAUGGGAUUUUCAGACGAAGUGACAGGAUGCGAAGAGGAAGAAGAGGAACUAUCUGACUAUGAAGAGGUCGAUGAAAAAUACAAUCAUAUUUUUAAUGAAAAGAAACACCUCAAUAUACUAAGGGAAGUUAUAGGACAGGUCCAUCUCCCAUCUUGGAUUGGUAGAGUACCAAAGACGGUAGGAUCAAGCAAAGGUGGUAAAUUGAAAGCAGAUGAAUGGGUUAUAUUAUAUGAGGUUAUGAUAAUACCCGCCUUCAUACUUUUCUUCCAUAGACAAGGUCAUCUUUCACGGAUCACAGACCAUGAUAUAGUUCGAAACGCCCUUCAUCUGAUCAGUAUUCUCAAACUCGUGCGAAGAUUUGAACUGGAAGAUAGGGAUUUGGAGGCUUUGAAAUACCAUGUAAAAAGCUAUCGACACGGACUCGCUGGACUGUUCACUUCACUCUCAGUUACUCCAAAUUUGCACAUGUUACUUCACAUUCCUCAGGUGGUCAAGAUUUUUGGCCCUGCUCCUUACUGGACUGCAUGGUCGUUUGAAGCAACAAAUGGAUCUUUGGCCAGAAUUCCAACUAACAAUCAUGACAGCUCUAGGGAGUUUACAAUUCUAAAUAAGUGGACAACUGGUCAGAAUAUGCGCUGUGUGCUUCCGGACUUAUGCAAACAGCUACCAAAAAAAACCGCAGCAAGUCUCUCAAAGUUUGUGUCACCAAAGUGUACUGAUGGAAGUGCUUCGGCCUACCUUCGAGAAGGAAGCGGUGGCCCACCAAGCCUCAAAUAUAAUCCGAAAAAGAAUGAAACUCUAGAUUAUGAUUCCCAUCUCCUUCUUCUUGGUCGAAUGAAAGAAAUAUAUGGUAACAAGUACCAGGAUAUUUGGAUUGACAUCUCUCGAUAUGCUACUUUAUCAGCAGCUCACCAGAAAAGGCAUGGGUUCACUGACUGGCCUCACUCUGGAUUCAGUGUGGUGUACGAUAGGGAGAAAAAGAAAGAUGUGAUACGAUUGGACGAGAUUGUUAGUCAUGGUGCUUCUUGGGAAAAUCCGGAAGGCUGCUUUGGAAUCAAAGAGCCUACAUUGCUGAUUGUAAAUUUAUCAAAGACCUUGUGCACUGCAACUUGA